AAUUGGAAGCCCGCCGCCGGGAAGGUCGCCGUCCCUUUCGCUCGCGCGCUUCCACUCCGGCGCGGGAGAGACCGAAGCAGGGGCAUCGGCGGCGGGGGCGUCGACGACGGCGCGGAAGCAAGCCGGCCGGGCUCAAGUGCUGGACCAAGAUGGAGGCGGCAGGGGAUGGCUCCGUGGGCAUGUUCCGAGCAACGCCGGAUGCCGCCGCCGGCAUCGGCAGAUCUGCUGAGGUUGCUGCUCUCCUGAACAAGAUGGUGGAUGGCCUGGGAGCAACGGUUCUGGACAUCCCCGGGAGCCACGAAUUCACAGUCCAUCCAUCAACUCACCUUUUGAUACAAGCCCUGCAGAAUUACUCCCGCAACACAUAUUUGGUGGAGCCAGUGCAUCACGCCACUGACCCUUGCGCUCACAUGGUCGAUUGCUGGGCAGCCAAGCUCGAGGAAGAUGCAGAGAUGAUACGCCAAGGCGAAAAGGGUGUGAAAUACAUAUUCCUUAUGAACAACACAUGUCUUGUUUUGCAAAUGAUGGGGCGUCCAGGAGCAGCAUCUUUCGCCGGUGCUCAAGAAUUGGCGAGUAGGCUCACAUCAAUGGUGGAGCUGUACAAGAAGUGCUACUUGGACGAGUGUUGGGCUCCUCUGCAUCGCUUAAACUCGGACAUGUUUGCUGCUGAAUUUCGCGCCACCUGUGACUGCCAGUCGACAUGGAAGGUCGGAGCUGAGCUCAGGUACCACCUGCGGCAGGAGAUUGUGGAUUUCGUUGUUCCGCCGUAUGAGGCGUCCUUGUCUGACCGAAGCGCAUGUCCAGGGCCGUCCUUUUCGUUGAAACGAAUGGUGUUCGGAGGGAAGAAACAAAAGAGGUAUGAUACUGGUGCCCAACUGGAAGGGAAGAUAAGAGGAUUGUUUGAGGGAUGAGCGAUCUCCUCCCCUCUCCUGUCAUCAUCUUGAUUGUUGCACCCAUGCAUGUAUAUCUUUCUCUCUUUGGAAAGGGUUCGUUCUGUAAUGC